AUGAAGGAAGUACGUUUAAGAAUGAUUUUGUCAAUAGCUAUGUAUUUAGUCUCAUCAAUAACCUCAGUUUUUGCAAAUAAAUAUGUAUUAAUGGAGAAUGUCUUGGAUACAAUUUUACUAAUAUUCUUACAACAUAUAUCUUGUUUAACUUUUUUAUUUUUAUUCAGAAAUUACCUUAACAAAUUUCAUAACAAAAAUAACUUUCAAGAUUAUUUCUUUUCCUUAUAUGACGAAAUAAAACAUAUGUGGCAAUUGAUAAUAUCAUUUAAUUUUACGUUAAUAUUUGGGAAUAUUUGCUUAAAAUAUACCAACAUAUCGACUUAUCAAUUAGCUAGAUCAAUGACAUUACCUUUAAAUUUUUUUUUUUCAUAUUUUUUUUUUAAACAAAUCAAAUUUAAUUGCUUAAUGACACUUUCAUGCAUAAUAGUUUCAAUUGGAUUUUUCAUUUUUUCAAUUGAUGCAGUUAACACUAAUUAUAAGUCAAUAUUAUAUGGCUUGAUAGUUUCUAUAAUUCAAGCAAUUCACUUAAAUUUGUUGAAGAAAAAAUUAAUAAUAUAUAAAGAUAAAAUGAUUUUGUUACAUUAUAAUUUAAUUUAUUCUUCUAUUAUCUUAUUUAUUUAUCUGUCUAUAACGAAAGAUAUAUUUGCUAUAUUUAAGUUGAAUUAUAGAAUUUCAUUUUUUCUAUUUUUAUCUUGUUUAUCUUCGAUUUGUGUAACAUUCUCUUCUUUUUUGUGUAUUUACUAUACAGAUAAUGUUGUUUUUAAUAUGUUUGGAAACAUUAAAUCAACUGUCCAGACAUUUCUAAGUAAAUUUUAUUAUUCUGAAAAUUUUAAUUUAAAUACAAUAAUAGGAAUAAUUCUAACUACAGUAGGUUCUUUUGUAUAUACAUGUUCUAGCGAAUAUACAAAAAAGAAGAAAAUCAGAUAA